AUGCUCAUACUACCACUACUCUUAUCACUCAUAUCAAUAUCAAAUGCCCAAAACACACUACCCGAACUACUCACACACAAAUCAUUCCACAACACAAUCAAAGAAGCAAAACUAUCUCUGAUCGAAUUCUAUAGCCCUUAUUGUUCUCAUUGUAAUGCUUUUGCCCCCACUUGGGAAGACACUUUCAACCAAUUCCAAAAUGAUGUGGAUUCUUCGAAUAUCAAAAUGUAUCAAGUUAACUGUAUAGAGAGUGGUGAUCUAUGUCAAGAUGAACAAAUAUUGGCUUAUCCAAGUUUGAAAAUUUAUGAUUCAAAUGGGUUUAUACAAAAUUAUCCAAAUAGUUUGAAAAGAAACAAGGAAAACAUAAUUGAAUUCAUGAAAGAACAAGUUAUUGAACAUGGUGGAAUUAGUGAUGGUCCUAUCGUAUCUAAAAGUGAAUUGAUAACUACUCAAGAUAUGAUUAAUUAUUUACAAAAUGUUAAUGAACACCCAAUAUUGAUUUCAUUUUGGCCAAGUUUUGAAUUAACUGAUUUAAACGAUUUAAAUUGGAAAAUUUUUGAAAAAAGUGAUUAUUAUGAAGAUUGUUUAGAAUUUCAAAGAAUUUGGUCAAUAAUUUCAAAUUCAUUAUCUUCAACAAAUAUUAAAAUUGGUCAUUUUAAUUGUUUUAAAAAUGAAAAAAUUUGUAAAGAAUUGGGUAUUAAACCUGAUUUUAAACCAAAAGUUAAACUAUUUUUACCAAACUUAGAAAAUAAUAAAAUCAUUUCAUAUGAGAAUGAAAACAAUGCAAAAGAUAUAAUAAGUUUCACAAAACAUACAUUAUCAAUAUCAAAAUUUACUAAAACAGAUUCAAUCCAAUUAAUGGAUACAAUUAAAACAAAUUUAAAACCUUUGAAAUCAUUACCAUCAAAAGCUGAAAAUACAUUUAUUUAUCUAUAUGAUGAAAUGACAACAACUAAAGAAGAUUUCCAAAUCUUACCUUAUUUAAUUGAUGAAUUUGCCAAACAUGAAUCAACAAAUUUCUUAAUAUCAAAUGAUUCGAAUAUCUUGAAAAUUAUGGAGUUUCAACAAAGAAAUUUAAUAAACACAUUAAACAAUAAUAACAAACCUUUCCAAUUCAAUGAAGAUAAAUACAUCAUAAACUCAAUGUCAACAUUACCAACAAUAAUAAAUUUUAAAGAAUAUAGUUUGUUACCAUCCAUUUAUCAAAGUUUUGGUCCAUAUGACAUUAGAGAUGAAUUCCUGAUCAAACAAUUUAUUAAAAAAAACUCAUCACCAUUCAUAACUGAACUAACUAAUAAAAAUUUCAAGGAUUUAUUAACUAAUGAUGAACAAUUAGUUAUAAUCACCACAAAUGGAGAAUUACCAGCAUUAGAUCAAUUCAUCCUAAACAUUCAUGAAUAUGAAGAAAUUAAAUCAACGUAUACAUAUAAUGAAUUGAUUAAAGCUCGUGAUUUGAAAAAAUUAAAAUCUGAUGAGUAUAAAUCUCAAAAUGAUUAUAAACAAAUGGUUAAAUCGUUAAGAAAAGAGAUUAAACAACCUACACCAAUAACUUCAAGAUAUCUUUAUCUAGAUAUCUCUAAACCAUUGCCUGAGUUAGGAAUACAAGUUAAUAAUGAAGUUUAUCAAAAUGGUGAUGUUAUAAUCAUUAAUUCAAAUGGGUGGUAUUAUAAUAAAGAUAUUGAUGGUGGGUCUUUAAAUUCAACAAAUUUUGUUAAAACUUUGGAAACAUUAAACUUAGAUACAUUAAAGGAGAAGUAUUUAUUAUCUAAGACUUUAUUAAACUCUCCAUUUAAUUCAAAAUUUAGAUUAUUUGAUAAUAUUCAUCAGUUUGGAAUCAUUGGAUACAUUGGUUUAAUCAUUUCCAUAAUAGUCAUUGGGAAGUUAGUUAGAAAGAGAUUUAACAGAUCUAAUA